CUUCAAAUCAUCAACCCCAUCGCGGUUCUUCGAUUUCCAUCAACAACUGCCAUUUACCCAUCCAUCAAACCAGCAUCAUCACACAUCUACAAUGGCUCGCACUAAGCAGACCGCUCGCAAGUCCACUGGUGGCAAGGCUCCCCGCAAGCAGCUCGCGUCGAAGGCUGCCCGCAAGUCGGCUCCCUCGACCGGCGGUGUCAAGAAGCCCCACCGCUACAAGCCUGGUACCGUCGCUCUCCGUGAGAUUCGUCGCUACCAGAAGUCGACUGAGCUGCUUAUCCGCAAGCUCCCCUUCCAGCGCCUGGUUCGUGAAAUCGCUCAGGAUUUCAAGUCGGACCUCCGCUUCCAGAGCUCUGCCAUCGGCGCGCUCCAGGAGUCGGUCGAGUCUUACCUCGUCUCCCUCUUUGAGGACACCAACCUCUGCGCCAUCCACGCCAAGCGCGUCACUAUCCAAUCCAAGGAUAUCCAGCUCGCUCGUCGCCUCCGCGGUGAGCGCAACUAAGCAUGGUCUUUCCGGUCUUUGCUAGCUUGGGGUUUGGGUGGUUAUGACUUUUCUCAUUUGGGAUGCUCUGAUGGAUGAGGGGCUCAUUCGGCACACGGGAUACCGGCGUUUUUGAUUGCGA